CCGCGGUCGAUUGCUUCCCCAUCAGCAAACGCUAGACGCGCUCAACCUACGCCGCUCACACACUCGCACACUCUAAGUAGGGUUUAUACACGUUCUCAUCGAACCUGCGACUCUCUCUCUUGGUCCCCCUUUACACGCACCGGCACCAAUCAGUGCGUGGGUUCCUAGGCGAAAAUCUCAAGAAGAGCGCUGGGAAGUUUUGUAAUUGUAAGGUGUAAGAAAAAGAGGUUAUUGCGUUCUAUCUUGUGUAUCUAUGGCGGAGGCGGCUGUGAUUAAUUCGGAACGGGCAGGGGGACCCGAACCGGGCUCCGAUGCGGCGUUGUUCCAUCGGAAGAUCGAAUUUCACGUGGCGAGGAGGCCUUUCAAUGGCUUUGGAAAUAAUAGUACUGACGGGUUUAAGCUGGUUACAUUGAAUCCUAACGCGGACACCCAUAAAGCUUCGUGCUCGGGCAAGAAAUGUGAAAAGCCCACGGAGAAUUAUGAAACGGGCUUGGAUCCGGAGCUCAGUUUCGAGAUUACUUUUAGGAGAAUUGAGAACGAUAUGAAUAGAGGUUACGAAAUAUUGCAUGUGCUUGCUUGCUUUUAUUUUCCUGCCUUCUUGGGAUUUCUUCUUUAUUCUAAACAUCCUCUUAUGGUUGAUGAAGGCCGUAAUUCUGGCUUUUGUGCUCUUUGCGCCAUUCAGAAGCAUGUCAGCCGUGCUCUACAGUCAACAGGGAGAAUUGUGGAGCCCAAAGAUCUUGUUUCCAACUUGCGAUGUAUAUCUCGGAAUUUUCGAAUUGCGAGGCAAGAAGAUGCCCAUGAGUACAUGGUGAAUUUGCUAGAAUCAAUGCACAGGUGCUGCUUGCCAUCUGGAGUUCCUAGCGAAUCACCUGGUGCCUAUGAGAAAAGUUUAGUUCACAAGAUAUUUGGUGGUCGUCUAAGGAGUCAGGUGAAAUGUAUGCAGUGUUCCUACUGCUCCAACAAGUUUGACCCCUUCUUGGAUUUAAGUCUAGAAAUAGUGAAAGCAGAUUCAUUACUUAAGGCUCUUGCUCAUUUCACUGCCAAAGAGCAGUUAGAUGGGGGUGCCAAGCAGUACCACUGUGAGCAAUGCAAACAGAAAGUUAGGGCCCUCAAGCAACUCACGAUUCACAAAGCGCCUCAUGUACUUACUGUUCACCUAAAACGAUUCGGUUCGCAUUCACCUGGUCAGAAAAUUGAUAAGAAGAUCGCCUUUGGACCUACUUUGGACUUAAAACCAUUUGUAACUGGCCCCUAUGAUGGGGAUCUAAAUUACACACUCUAUGGUGUCCUUGUUCAUGCUGGUUGGAGCACUCGUUCUGGCCACUAUUACUGCUUCGUUCGCACCUCAAGUGGCAUGUGGUAUUCCCUGGACGACAAUCAGGUUUUCCAAGUGAGCGAGAAACGUGUUCUCGAACAGAAAGCGUAUAUGUUGUUUUAUGUCCGGGACAGGAAGAAUUUUAUCCCGAGGAAACCUGUCAACGUCAUCCAGAAAGAAAACAUGGUUAUGAGCGCCAUUGGAAAUGAAGCAUAUUCAAAACUCAACAUGGAGUUGAAAGAAAAAAUUCAAAACGGCUCAAUGGAGAAAAGAAUUGACCUUUCUGCCUCGGCGACUUUAUCUGGAAGAGAUCCACUGGUCUUGGGUGCACUGAAGGGGACUCCUCACAACAAGACAACUUUCGUCAAUGGAAAUGGCUCAUUAUCUGUUGGUAAUCUGGGCCAUAAGAGGGUCCCGCAGACUGAAACUUCAUCGCUUGUGCCACCAUUAAAGGAGCAGGUGAAGGAUCACGAUAUUAUGAAUGUUAAUGCUGUGGAUGAUAAAGAGGGCUCACUUGCAACUGGUGCUGAAAUUGUUCCCAGCAGCAACAGUGCAAGUGUUUUAGAGGACCCGAAUGCAUCAGGUGCUAAAUUACCUGAACGCAUUGUACCAGAGGAUUCGGUUGACAAGAAAGAACCCAUAGAUUUUGCUGUCACACCAUCUACUUGUGAAAAGGAAAGUGCUAUGGAAAAUUUGUGUAAAAUGAACGGAACCAACUCUGGAGUGCUUGAUGACAAAAUCAUGCAAAUGGAAAUGGUUGCUAAAGGAUUAACUGAAGUUACACACAUGAAAUCUACACAGAAAUGUAGAAUUGAAGGGGAGAGUCAGGCUGGAGGUCCCUCUGAGAAGAUUGGUAACUCGACCAUUGAAGACAAUCAUGAAAAUGGGAAGAGAGUAGAAGCUGUGCAGUUAGGGUUGUCUUCAAGCCCACUAGCCACAACACAACGUGAGGAAACUAAGAAGAAAAGGCCUGAGCUGAAAGUGAAACGGAGAGUUUUCAAGCGUCAUCUUCCCACCACCUCAUUCACUUCCAACAUUAUAUUUGGUGUAGGGCUUGGAAUGCGUAAAAAGAAGCUUAAGAAGGUAAGGGAAAUGCAAAAGAAAAAUGCGAAUGAUUUACCCUCGAGCCCUGGGCCAUCUUCUGCUGAUAGAUUAUCACCUUUGCCUGAUGAUUCUGGUUCUCGCCCUCAGAAAAGGAACUCCAAAUUUGGCUCAGAUGGUGAAAAUCAGAAAUUGAGCGUACAGAAUGUGAGUCGAGAAGGCAGUAGUAGUAUAUUGAGUGAUGUCAUAAAUAAUGAUUUUAGAGAGAGAGUUGCUGAUGGCACCACACCUUCCGAGAAACUACUAAAAAGAAAUCCAAUAAAUGUGAUGAGCAUGCUAACCAGAGGCUUAGAAGAGACAACUGUUGCUCGUUGGGAUGGUAUUGAUGCUUCACUUUCUGAAAAGUUAGAAACAAGAGCAGCAGGAACCACUGUCCAAAUUGGUUAUGUUGGGGAUGAAUGGGAUGAAGAAUAUGACAGAGGAAAGAGGAAGAAGUUGAGAGGUUCCAAGAUCGACUUUAGUGGACCAAAUUUAUUCCAAGAAUUCGCAACGAAAAAAUCGAAGCUGAAGAAGGCAAAGCUGAACAGAGCUGAGAACGAACCAUUUAGGAUAUGAUGUGGAGUCAUUGGGGAAUGCAAGGAGACACAUCCCAUUGGGACAACCUAAAUUUGCAGACCUUGCCUAUCAUCACGUAAUUGUUGUGAGUUUUGUUUUGUAACUGAGGCAGUUGUUACCACCCUUCAAGUCGGACAUUACAUAAUUUUAUUCCUCUCAACCCUUCUAUAAUUGUUUUGUGUUUUUUCUUAUUUAUUUUCAACUUUUUAACCUCAUUUUGAGAAGAGGCUUUUAACUUGUAUUACACGCUUUUGUGUGUUGAGAUUUGUUCUAUCAAUGCGUGUUUAUUUAUUUCCUUUUAGCUGAGACAUGAGUUAAUUGGUAUCUUUGAAUCGUAACUAGUACCACUCAAAUCUUUAAUAUUAUGUCGGAAUUUAAUUUACUUGCAG